UGGCUUCCCAUCGAUACCAACCUGCCAUCUAGUUAAAACUCAGGUUUCGUCGUAUCUCAAAACAUGGCUUUUAUCUUGCUUGCAACUGCUGCCAUAUUGGCUAGCGUAAACGCCGGUAUGAUGAAAAUGAUGCCACCACCGAUGGAAAUGAUGCCGAUGAAGCCAAUGAUGAUGGAAAUGAUGCCGAUGAAAAUGAUGGAAAUGAUGCCGAUGAUGGAAAUGAUGAAGAUGAUGCCAAUGAUGGAAAUGAAAGGUAAAAUGGAAAUGAUGCCGAUGAUGGAAAUGAUGAAGAUGAUGCCAAUGAUGGAAAUGAAAGGUAAAAUGGAGAUGAUGAAAAUGAUGCCGAUGAUGGAAAUGAAGGGUAAAAUGAUGGAAAUGAUGAAAAUGAAAGAAAUGAUGGACAUGAUGAAAAUGAAAGAAAUGAUGGAGAUGAAAGGAAAGAUGGAAAUGAAAGGAAAGAUGAUGGAAAUGAUGAAAAUGAAAGAAAUGAUGGGAAUGCCAAAAAUGAUGGAAAUGAUGCCAAUGAAAAUGGAAAUGAUGCCUAAAAUGAUGGAAAUGAUGCCAAAAAUGAUGGAAAUGAUGCCUAUGAAAAUGAUGGAAAUGAUGCCAAAAAUGGAAAUGAUGCCAAUGAAAAUGAUGGAAAUGAUGCCAAUGAAAAUGGAAAUGAUGCCUAAAAUGAUGCCAAUGGAAAUGAUGAAAGCAAUGCCCAUGGAAAUGAUGAAACCAAUGCCAAUGGAAAUGAUGAAGCCAAUGCCAAUGGAAAUGAUGAAACCAAUGCCCAUGCCAAUGAUGAAACCAAUGCCAAUGGAAAUGAUGAAACCAAUGCCAAUGAAAAAAGGAGGUUACUAGACAAACCUUUUGAACUGAUGAAUAUUUACAUAUUAUAUAAUUUUAAAGCAGAUGUAGAUAAUAUUAAAAUAAAUAUAGAUUUCAUUCAUAACAUCAGGAUUUAAGCUAGAAUCUUGAGGGCUUAAGUCACUACUUCGAGAUCAGACAAAAAGACUUUUCCUGGGUAGCAGCUUCACAUGAUAGGACUGAGGUAGUUUUUGCAUAGGGUUAAAUACAUGAAAAAAACAUGUGUACCUUCAUUUUCUUUUUCUGUAUUUCAUUAGUAUACAAAUACAAAGAUAACAA